AUGGGCUCAGAAAUGGAUACGUUCACGGCUCGCCUGGCCAGUUUCGACGUUGUGCUCAAACCUGAGAAGCGGAGAUCCUCGGGCGUCAAAGGUCCCAGAUUCAUCGCAUGGCCUCAUUCAAAGCCAUCGCCAGCAGAGUUGGCGCAAGCAGGCUUCUUCUACAAACCCUACGAGAGCAACCCCGACAACACAACGUGUUUUGAGUGCGGCCGCGCAUUAGAUGGAUGGGAAGAGGAGGAUAACCCGAUUACAGAGCAUCUGAAGCAUUCUCCAGACUGUGGAUGGGCGAUUACUAUGGACAUUCAACAGAACAGCUCCAAUCCUUCAGCUAUCGAGGACCCGACUAGCGAGCGCAUCGCCCAAGCGCGGUUGGCAACAUUUGGCUCAGCGUGGCCUCACGAUGAGAAACACGGCUGGGUCUGUCAGUCUGAGAAGAUGGUUGAAGGUGGCUGGUAUUUCUGCCCGACAGAAGAGAGCAACGACUUGGCCAGCUGUGCCUACUGUAAGCUCUCUUUGGAUGGCUGGGAGCCCAAAGAUGAUCCAUUCGAGGAACACUACCGCCGCUCGUCAGAGUGUUCAUUUUUCGUGUUUGCACAGCCCCCGGCAAAGAAAGGCAAAGGACCGAAGUCAAAAAAGCCUCGCGUUUCGAAGGCCUCCUCUCGUCUAUCUACCCAGUCCAUCGGCACUACCGCAUCUGAAACCCCGGAAGUGGACUUGGACGAGUCAAUGGACCAAAGCAUCAUGUCACAAGCCAGCGUGAAACCGAAAACUACAAAGAAAGGAGCAAAGGGAAAGGGUAAAUCCAGCAAGAACAAAAAAGAUGAAGUAGAGGCCGAGAGUCAAAUGGAGAUUGAGAGUGUUGAACCCGAGCAGGCGGAGACAGAAGCCCCCAAAACGAAACGCACAGGCCGAGGAAGAAAAAGAAUCAGUGAGGAAAUCUCACGGGAUGAGUCCGAGCCAGUGCCCGAGCCCAAGCAACAAUCAAUCGAACCACCUAAUAAGCGCCGCAACACAAGAACUCGAAGCAGUAGCGUCUCUCAGUCCUACAACUAUGAAAAUGAUCAUGAUAUGCCGGACAUUGGUUCUGUCGAUGAAGAGCCCCAUGAGGAACCCAAGAAGGGCGGCAAGGGAUCGAAGAAGGGGACCAGCAAGAGCCGUAAGGCUUCAGAUGUCUCAGCCACGUCCAAGUCUACCUCUAAAUCUCGCCUGGAGAGGAAUUCGGAGUUGGGUGCAUCUAUCGAGGCAGGUCUCGAAGCAGAAUUGCCAGACCCGGUCGAGCCUGAACCACCGGUGCAGCCAGAGCCUGAGCCGGAGGCCGAAGUCGAGCCGGCCCCUCGUACUUCUAAAAAGACCAAAACAAGCAAGAAGACUAAAGCCGCCAAAGCGGCUGAGCAACAAGCGCAGGAGUUGAAAGACUCUAUGGACCUCGAUAAUCAAUCUGAGAAACAACCCGAGGCCGUUGCUGAACCCGAAGCUGACGCCAUGGAGGUCACGGAAGAGCAAGCUGAACCAGCUCCUAAGGUCAAGGCCACCAAGGGUCCUAAGAAGAAGGGAACCAAAAAGGCGAAGAAAGAAGAGAGCAAGUCAAGGGCCUUGACAUCACGAGAAUCUUCCGAAAACAAGCCCACAACUGAAAAUCAAGUUAUGGAAGAGCAACAUGAAUCAUUUAUAUCAGUUGAGAUCGUCAAACAAAACAUGGAGCCUCAACCCAAGCCUCAACCCCAGCCUCAACCCGAGUCCGAACCAGAGCCCCAGCCUGAGCCAGAAGUGGCAACUCCUGAGAAGCCUGCCACCAAAAAGUCAUCGAAGAAGGAAGACAAGGCAAAUAAACCCAAGAAGUCGAAAAAGAAGGAACCAUCUCCUCCCCCCGAACCGGUUAUGGAAGAGAUGAUUGAGGAGCCCAGUCCAGAGAAGUCCGAACCUGUGUCUCCAUCUGUAGACGAAGAAUGGGGAACACCAGAUGAUCUACCGGACCAAGUCGAGAUGGUUGCACCUGCAGAGCCUUCUCCGGAACCUUCUCUGGAGCCCUCUCCACAGCCCUCGCCGGAGCCCUCUCCUGAACCGCAGACUAAACAGCGGACGCCUGUGCCUCCCAAGACAGUCAAACGCUACAGCGAUAUUCCCCAGGAGGAGCGUCUCACGGAGUCUAUUGCGAAACCACGAACUUCUCGAGGAAGUAUGCAGAGAGCGUCUCGUGGUUCAAAGCGAUCCGUUUCGCCUCUUCCACCCGCAUACCAGCACACACCAUCAAUGUCUCCACAAUCAUCGGAUGCCGAAAAUCGACCCCCCUCAUCUCGACUUUCAGUUUCCCGCCCAGUUCUUCCGCCAGCGGAGCCGCGGGAUCGGACUCCGCGAACAGCAGCUACCCCAUCACCAUCCAAACGCAACUUCAACGGUGGAUUUGCGGCUUCUGCUCAUCCCUGGACUCCGGUGGAUAUUGAUGAAGCGCUAUUCGGAGAGGCCAGUGACAAGGAGAAUGCCGAUCUUUCUGGACUGUUCAAGGGCAUGAAGCGAGGACUGACUAGCCCUGAGAAGAAAAUGACAGUGGAAGAGUGGAUCAAGUGGAAUGCGAAGAACGGAGAAGAGCGGCUCAAGCGUGAAUGCGAGCGGCUCGUCAGCCAGUUUGAGAAAGAAGGAAGUCGAGGCAUGCAACGACUCGAGGCCAUUGAUUGUAUUGAUUAA